AUGGACUCGCGGAACAUGAUGCUGCACGGAGCAAACCUAGACAAUUCACAUCUUGAUGUGAAAGUGAACUUUUUGUUUGAAAAUUUCAAACAUUUUUCAGUUUUUUUAAAACUUACCAAAUCUUCCAAAUAA